CCAACGCAACAUUUCGUUUCCUUUUUCUUAAUAAUAAUCCUUAAUUAGUCAAUAAUAAAGUUUUUCCUGUGAAUCGAGAUCUCAAUUUCGAUAUGGCAACGGCUAAUAAUGAUAAUAUUAAUAAUCAGAUAAACGAAGAUGAUAAUGCCGCAAAGGAGGACGAGAAUAAUCAUCCGUAUGCAUUUCAUGUAUCCGGGCCUCGCAAGGUAUCAGCUCCAAAUUGGCGAGACCUUAUCAAUUCCAGCUGGAGAGAUGGGAACUACAAAAGGACUGUCAUUGCCUGCUUUAUUCAAGCUGUUUACUUGCUUGAACUCGACCGACAAGAAAAAAGAUCUCAAGAAAAUGCUCUAGCACCAAAAUGGUUCAUACCAUUCAAGUACAAACUUUCACGAACUUUAACUGAUGAAAGGGAUGGAUCAAUAUACGGUGCAAUACUAGAAUGGGAUAGAUCUGCGGCAUUAUCUGAUUUCAUUCUCAUUAGACCAAGCUGUGCACCUCGUGCAGUUUUAGCAUUGAGAGGGACACUUUUAAAAGGUCCAACUCUUAGGCGCGACAUUGAAGAUGAUCUCAGAUUUUUAGCAUGGGAAAGCCUAAAAGGUUCUGUCAGAUUUAACGGGGCAUUAGAAGCUUUGAAAUCAAUUUCAGAUGCUUAUGGAAGUCAUAAUAUUGCUGUUGCUGGUCAUUCUUUAGGGGCAGGUUUUGCUCUUCAAAUUGGGAAAUCAUUAGCAAAACAAGGGCUUUUUGUUGAGACCCAUUUAUUCAAUCCACCAUCUGUUUCGAUUGCCAUGAGUUUGAAAAAUGUGGGCGAAAAAGCUGUUGUUGCUUGGCAGAAGGUUAAGUCAAUGGUGUCUUCUAAUGCUGCAGCUAUUGCUGCUGAGAAUGGACCUGGUUCUAGUAAUCCAGUAGCAUUUACCAAAUGGGUGCCUCAUUUGUAUGUUAACAAUAGUGAUUAUAUAUGCUGCUAUUAUACUGAUCCAGCUGGUGCUCAAGGUGGUGGCUGCAGUGGUGCCGCCACUGCUGCUGUUGAAAAGGAGAAUGUGAGGCCACCGUCAAAUUCCAGAGGUCAUGUGGCGGCAAAGCUUUUUGUUCUGUCAAAAGGGAAGCAGAAAUUCAUGGAAGCACAUGGAUUGGAGCAAUGGUGGUCGGAUGAUUUGGAGCUUGAUUUGGCUAUGCAGAAUAGUAGGCUUAUUAACAAACAAUUGAAGUCAUUGCAUAGCCUCCCCCCUCCUAGCUCCACCAUAUCCCGCCGAUGACCUCAAUCAAUUCUUGAUUAACCUUACAAUCUAUAUUUUUGAUUGAACUUACCAUAUGUAUUGUUGAUUUGUUUUUUCUUGUUUAUAGAUAUAUUCCAAUAAGAAUGUUGAACUCUAAUGGACUGGAAGUGUAUUUUCUCACCAAUGCAUUUGGUGUUUUUUUUAAAAACUA